CGGGUAUUUUGGGAUUAUAGGGGAGCAUGGUAGAUGACGCCUUACUCUGCCUGAAGAGGAGCCUGAGCUCUGUGAACAGUACCUACCCAAAGGCUUUGCUGGCUUAUGUCUUCACGUUGGCUGGGGACACAGAGACCCGGCAACAGCUCCUCAGAGACUUAGAGGAGGAAGUUCUCAAAACAGAUAUUGAGACAAUGGCCUAUGUGCUCUUGGCUCGCCUUUCCAUGACAGAAGCAUCCACAGAAGAUAUCAAUUAUGCCUCUCAGAUGAUGGGUAACCUUAAUAAAGAACGGAAUACAUAUGGAGGCUUUAGUUCCACCCAGGAUACUGUGAUUGGCCUGCAGAGUUUAGCCAGGUAUGCAGCCUUGACAUACGUUGAGAUAGAAAACCUAAAGGUGGUGGUGAAAUCCAGCAAAGGCUUCCAGCAUGAAUUCCAUGUGAACAAGAAGAACCGGCUGGUGCUGCAGCAGGCCUCCCUCCCAGAGAUCCCUGGCCAGUACGAGGUGGAGCUAUCAGGGCAUGGCUGUGCUUAUGUGCAGACUACUCUUCGAUACAACAGGAUGCCUCCAGAGUCUGAUGCUUUUGCUUUGAUAGUGGAGACAUCGCCAAAGAAAUGCACCCAGAGUUCCAGGAAAUAUUUUGAGAUCCGACUUGAAGUAAGUUACACAGGCCAGCGAGAAGCAAGCAACAUGGUUCUGUUGGAGGUGAAUAUGAUAUCUGGGUAUAUUCCUGUAAAGACAUCUGUACAGGAGCUGCUAGAGAAACCAUUGGUUAAAAAGGUGGAGUUUGAUCCUGGGAAGAUAAGCAUUUACCUGGAUCAGCUGGAUAAUAAUGUUCAAAGCUAUAGCUUCUUUGUGGAGCAGGAAACAGAAGUGUGGGAUUUAAAGGCAGCCAUAGUGAAAGUCUAUGAUUACUAUUAUCCAGAAGACAAUUUGAUUACUGAAUAUAAUGCUCCUUGCAGUGCAGAGACUACAAAAGAAGAUCUCAACUAAUGCUCUGUUAAGGGAACACUGGAGCUGAUCUUCCAUCUUUGUAAUUCUUGCUUUUGAAGACUGUAAACCAGCGCAUAUGGACCCCACAUGUUUCUCUAUAUAUUUGAACUACAGUUCUGCACAUACAGCUGGGGCUCACCAAUGAGAGAGAGAAUUUAAUAUGUGAAAGGACAGGGAAAGUACCUAGCUCAUGUUCCACAUUUGCCUCCCAGCACCCCAAGAUUCAGCAGCAUGAGGUUUCCUUGCCUGCUUUUUUCUGAAAAAACAUGGGUGGGAAUGGGAGCAAGAGAUUUCCCAGAGGCUUUCCACCCGCCUGCCUGCCUUUAGCCCCCUCCCCAAAGGCAAUCACCAGACAAAAGAAGAAAGACGCAGAUCAUGGAUCAUAUUAGAAAUCGCAGUACAAAAUAGGCAUUCGGAAAAAUUAUUGUGUCUGAGAAAGAGAAGCUACUGAAGAAUUCAUGUCGUUAUAACAUUUAAAUAAAUAUGCAAAUAUACUGUUAUUCUUUA